AUGUCUCUACAGCAGGCCAAUGAAGCCCUCCACCACCAGCACCAGGUGGCCCAGAACAGCCUGCUGCCACUGCUCAACUCUGGGAACGAGCCGGUGGACCAGAAGCCUGUGAUGCCCAUCUCCCUGGACCAGAAACCCCCCGCCAGCGCCGCCGAGCUCCUCAAAGACAAUGUGGCCUGCGGGACUGGCGGCGGCAGGGGACCCAUGCCUGUGGUGAAGAAGGAGCACAAGAGCAAGACACCCUUCAUCUGCGGCUACUGCAACAAGGCCUUCCGUGACAGCUACCACCUGCGGCGCCACGAGUCCUGCCACACGGGCGUCAAGAUGGUGUCGCGGCCCAAGAAGACAGCCCAGACAGCCCCCACCAUGGUGCCCCUCAUCUCCACCCUGCCCAGGGAGAAUAGCGGGCAGCCCUCCUACAUCUCCACCAUCGCAGGCAUGCUCACCACGGCCACCUCCUCUGUGUCUUCAGCCUCCAGCAUCAUGUCUCCAGCCACUAGCAUCAUGUCGCCAGCCUCUAUGAUCAACGUACCCCAACAGAGCCAGCCCAAGAAGCCUUCCAAGCCAGUGAAGAAGAACCAUGGCUGUGAGAUGUGUGGCAAGGCCUUCCGAGACGUCUACCACCUGAACCGUCACAAGCUGUCCCACUCGGACGAGAAGCCCUACGAAUGCCCCAUCUGCCAGCAGCGCUUCAAGAGGAAGGACCGCAUGACCUACCACGUGCGCUCGCACGACGGAGGAGUCCACAAGCCCUAUGUCUGUUCCGUGUGCGGGAAAGGCUUCUCCAGGUAGGCCCCAGGCCCAGCCAUGCACAUUCACUAACACUCGCUAGCUGCCACAUAUUUCAAGUAGAAGUGCUUGCUAUUUAUUACAAUCUCAUUUGAAAUCAGACAUCAGCUAAUUCAGAUCAUGUUAGUACACGGUUAUUAGCCAACACAUUCUAUAUGGUGUUAGACAAGCACUUAGAGAUACACUGAGAUGGAGAGUGUAUGACCAUCUGUUGUUCAAUGUGACGUUAACGUUGUGCACGUCCCAUUGGCUGCUGCCCUCAUGGAUUUAUAUUAGCGUUUAAUGGUCUUGACUCAGUGCCUUUGUGGUCCCCAACAUGUUUAAACAGUCACGCUUUAGAGAGCAGUUCAACUCCAGUGUCCCAGAGUUCCCCCCUGCGAGGACAGGCAUGCAGGCAGAGGAGUGAGGCGGGGGGAGGGGAAAGGCUGCUUUGAUUUGUGCAUCAAAAUUUGGGAACGGACCGCAUACGAUGCACCUUUACAGGGCCCAGUCUGACCCAUCUGGAAUAACUGAGCAUUCCAGUCUUUCCAGGCAUAGCCAACAGUGGCCUUGUAAGAUGGCCUCUUUCAACAUUUACUGCAACAUCCACUCACUACUUCCAGCUAUGCGUCACUAGUAAUCUGUGGGCAUGAGUAAUGGCAAAUGGACAAAAUCACCAUUGAAAAUCUUUCCAAGAAGCAAAGGGCUCUUCUUACAGCUUGUUAGUUGUUCAAAUAAGAGCAAAUAAUUGCUGUGAGUAAAUGGAUUCCAGUGGUCAAGAGUCAAGAUCACCUUCUGAGUCAAAAUGCAAGCCGAGAUAUACCGCUCAGAAUUGUUUUCGAACAUGACUUAAACGUAAGCCUAUGCAACAUUAACCUAUUUAAAACAGUACUGUAGCAAUGAGGUUUGUGCAGUAGGCUAUUGGCCCAAUACAUAAUCACCGCAUAUAUGUUUUGCUUGAAUUGCCCUGUUGUUCGGACCAUUAAAAUAAUUAUACAUUACCAGUCAAAAGUUUGGACACACCUACUCAUUCAAGGGUUUUUCUUAAUUUUGACUAUUUUUUACAUUGUAGAAUAAUAGUGAAGACAUCAACUAUGACAUAACACAUAUGGAAUCAUGUAGUAACCAAAAAAGUGUUAAACAAAUAUAAUAUUUUAUAUUUGAGAUUCUUCAAAUAGCCACCCUUUGCCUUGAUGACAGCUUUGCACACUCUUGGCAUUUUCUCAAUCAGCUUCAACUGGAAUGCUUUUCCAACAGUCUUGAAGGAGUUCCCACAUAUGUUGAGCACUUGUUGGCUGCUUUUCCUUCCCUCUGUCGUCUGACUCAUCCCAAACCAUCUCAAUUGGGUUGAGGUCGGGUGAUUGUGGAGGCCAGGUCACCUGAUGCAGCACUCAAUCACUCUCCUUGGUAAAAUAGCCCUUACACAGCCUGGAGGUGUGUUGGGUCAUUGUCCUGUUGAAAAACAAAUGAUAGUCCCACUAAGCCCAAAAAAUAUGGGAUGGCGUAUCGCUGCAGAAUGCUAUGGUAGCCAUGCUGGUUAAGUGUGCCUUGAAUUCUAAAUAAAUCACAGACAGUGUCACCAGCAAAGCACCCCCACACCAUAACACCUCCUCCUCCAUGUUUUUUUAGUGGGAACUACACAUGCUGAGAUCAUCCGUUCACCCACACCGCAUCUCACAAAGACACAGCGGUUGGAACCAAAAAUCUCAAAUUUCCACCGGUCUAAUGUCCAUUGCUCGUGUUUCUUGGCCCAAGCAGGUCUCUUCUUAUUAUUGGUGUCCUUUAGGAGUGGUUUCUUUGCAGCAAUACGACCAUGAAGGCCUAAUUCACACAGUCCCCUCUGAACAGUUGAUGUUGAGAUGUGUCUGUGACUUGAACUCUGAAGCAUUUAUUUGGGCUGUAAUUUCUGAGGCUGGUAACUCUAAUGAACUUAUCCUCUGCAGCAGAGGUAACUCUGGGUCUUCCAUUCCUGUGGUGGUCCUCAUGAGAGCCAGUUUCAUCAAAGCGCUUGAUGGUUUUUGCAACUGCACUUGAAGAAACGUUCAAAGUUCUUGAAAUGUUCCGUAUUGACUGAUCUUCAUGUCUUAAAGUAAUGAUGGACUGUAUUCCUCUUUGCUUAUUUGAGCUGUUCUUGCCAUAUAUGGAUAUUCUGUACACCUCCCCUACCUUGUCACAACACAACUGAUUGUCUCGAAUGCAUUAAGAAGGAAAGAAAUUCCACAAAUUAACUUUUAAGAAGGCACACCUGUUAAUUGAAAUGACUUCCAGGUGACUACCUCAUGAAGCUGGUUGAGAGAACGCCAAGAGUGUGCAAAGGCAAAGGGUGGCUAUUUGAAGAAUCUCAAAUAUAAAAUAUAUUUGGAUUUAUUUAACACUUUUUUGGUUACUACAUGACUCCAUGUGUGUUAUGUCAUAGUUUUGAUGUCUUCACUAUUAUUCUACAAUGUAGAAACUAGUAAAAAUAAAGAAAAACCCUGGAAUGAGUAGGUGUGUCCAAACCUUUGACCGGUAGUAUAUAUAUUUCAUAAUUUGAGGUAGGCUAUAUGAUCACACCGGUAAUAGAUCAGUUGUUGUAUUACUUGUGAGGCACAGCAGAGUGAGCAUAUAUUUUAAAUAAUUUGCUUUUUAUAAAAAAUGUACUGGGCCUGCAUGUCAGCGGAAGGAGAGAGCAGCAGACUGAGGGUCCGCCUCAUCAUCCCUCUGCUCUCCCUUUCCACCGCUGACACUGACCAAAAAGGGACACCGUCUUCCAGCUGAUGGCAAAACUCAAGUCGCACCGCAUUAUUUCUGCCUCAUGCACAAAUUCAUGUUACUCCUACGAACAGAGAAUAUAUAUAUAUAUAUAUAUAUAUAUAUACACACACACAGUGGGGAGAACAAGUAUUUGAUACACUGCCGAUUUUGCAGGUUUUCCUACUUACAAAGCAUGUAGAGGUCUGUAAUUUUUAUCAUAAGUACACUUCAACUGUGAGAGAUGGAAUCUAAAACAAAAAUCCAGAAAACCACCAUAGUCCCCGCGCCCAAGGACACUAAGAUAACCUGCCUAAAUGACUACCGACCCGUAGCACUGACGUCUGUAGCCAUGAAGUGCUUUGAAAGGCUGGUCAUGGCUCACAUCAACACCAUUAUCCCAGAACCUAGACCCACUCCAAUUUGCAUACCCCCAACAGAUCCACAGAUGAUGCAAUCUCUAUUACACUCCACACUGCCCUUUCCCCACUGGACAAGGAACACCUACGUGACAAUGCUAUUCAUUGACUACAGCUCAGCGUUCAACCCAUAGUGCCCUCAAAGCUCAUCACCUAAGCUAAGGAUCCUGGGAUAAACACCUCCUCUGCAACUGGAUCCUGGACUUCCGACGGGUCGCCCCCAGGUGGUAAGAACUGAAAAUAUUUGGCAUGGUCCUCAGACCCCAGAAGUUCUACAGCUGCCAACAUCAGAAGAUCCGACUGGUUGCAUCACUGCCUGGUAUGGCAACUGCUCGCCUCCACGCAAGGCACUACAGAGGGUAGGGCGUAUGGCCAGUACAUCAACUGGGCCAGCUUCCUGCCAUCCAGGACUCUAUAACAGGCGGUGGUCAAGGAAGGCCCACAAAAUUGUCAAAGACUCCAGCCACCCUAGUCAUAGACUGUUCUCUCUGCUACCGCACGGCAAGCGGUACCGGAGCGCCAAGUCUAGGUCCAAAAGGCUUCUCAACAGCUUCUACCCCCAAGCCAUAAGACUCCUGAAUAGCUAAUCAUGGCUACCCAGACUAUUUGCACUGCCCCCCCACCACCACCCCAUCUUUUUACGCUGCUGGUACUCUGUUAAUUAUUUAUGCAUAGUCACUUUAACUCUACCCACAUGUACAUAUUACCUCAACUACCUCAACUAGCCGGUGCCCCCGCACAUUGACAGGAUACCCCCCUGUAUAUAGCCUCCCUAAUGUUAUUUUAUUUGACUUCUGCUCUUUUUUUCUCAACACUUUUUUGUUGUUGUUUUAUUUUACAUUUUAUUAAGAAAUAAAUGCAUUGUUGGUUAAGGGCUGUAAGUAAACAUUUCACGGUAAUGUCUACACCUGUUGUAUUCGACGAAUGUGGCAAAUAAAAAUUGAUUUGAUUAGUGAAAUACAGGUAAAUUCAAGAGGGUGCUACUAAAUUAAUGUCUAAACAUAAGGCAAAGAAAACUAUUUCAUUAUGAAUCACAUAUAACUAACCAUUAGAUUGUUCUCUAUAAUAUUACAACCAUAAUGUGCUUUUACUUAACAGUGAUUCAAUUAGGAAUGUGACAAAUAGAAAAUUCCUUAAUGUUUAAACUGCCAUUUUUAUUGGUUUUCUGUUAAAGCGAUAAGAAAAAGUCAUAAAAUUCCAUGUGAAUUCGCAAUACAGAAGGUCUACAUCGUGCUUAUCAUUUAUGAUGCUGCUGUUCUUGGUUUUCACGAGAGUGGCGCGUGUAGCUUUUUGUUGUUGUCCAAUCACAAGUCAUAAAACCAGCACUAGGCUACAGUAAUAGAGCUCGAGGCUCUGUGUGGCAAGUUGAGGCUUCUGCAUGCUUCGGUUCAGCUGGUGCCUAGUCAAACUCUGCUAGGUGAACCAAACGAGUGUGCUCGCAUACCUUCAACCUACGCUUUAAAACGAGAAAAAUAUAGUACUGUUUGUCCAUCUUGAGACGCCGUAGCCACUUCCUCAAAAUAAAAACUCAAGAAAUCGGUCAUUAAUAUUUUACGUUUUUGACAAGGAAAUCUUCCAUGGCCGAGCAGCCGUGCACAAGCCUAAGAUCAACAUGCACAAUGCCAAGCGUCGGCUGGAGUGGUGUAAAGCUCACCGCCAUUAGACUCUGGAGCAGUGGAAACGCGUUCUCUGGAGUGAUGAAUCACGCUUCACCAUCUUGCAGUCCGACUGAUGAAUCUAGGUUUGGUGGAUGCCAGGAGAACGCUACAUGCCCCAAUGCAUAGUGCCAUCUGUAAAGUUUGGUAAAGGAGGAAUAAUGGUCUGUUUUUCAUGGUUCGGGCUAGGCCCCUUAGUUCCAGUGAAGGGAAAUCUUAACUCUACAGCAUACAAUGACAUUCUAGAAGAUUCUGUGCUUCCAACUUCGUGACAUCAGUUUGGGGAAGGCCCUUUCCUGUUUCAGCAUGACAAUGCCCCUGUGCACAAAGCGAGGGCCAUACAGAAAUGCUUUGUCGAGAUCGGUGUGGAAGAACUUAACUGGCCUGCACAGAGCCCUGACCUCAACCCCAUCGAACACCUUUGGGAUGAAUUGGAUCGCCGACUGCGAGGCAGGCCUAAUCGCCCAACAUCAGUGCCCGACCUCACUAAUGCUCUUGUGGCUGAAUGGAAGCAAGUCAAGACGUGAGAAAGAGGAGGCAUGGUGGUUUGAUGGUGAGUAUUUUGCCACAGCCAGCGACAGCGUAUUUGAAUAAGUAAAGUACGCUUUGGUUUUUCCAUUUAUAUUUCGAGGUUGGACAUUAGCACGUUGGGCGCACCGAUUGGUGUCAGCGUGUUAGUAUGUGUUACACCUGUGCUGGCUUGUCAUCUUGUUAGUCAGGUGUUUCACCUGUCCUGGCACAGUGCUCCAGUUGUCUUGGAGGGUUAACACCUUUUUAGUUGGCUCUCCCUAUUUCAUUUGUAGAAAAACAAUCCUUUAUCUGAUCAUCCCUGUUCCAAUUUUUGGUUUGCUUCCUGUUUUCAAGUUUGCUGUGGGUUUUUCUUUUGUUUGCCUCUUCUUGGGCAAAUUUAGUGGGCGCUCAUGGUGGAUGUCUAGUCUGUUGUUGUUGCUAGUCUACUUUCAGUGGACACCCCAUGAGUGUAUUUUCAUUACCCCUCCUAGAACGUACCUGUUUUGGUGGUUGUUAGUGACUCUUUGUUAGUUCCCCCUUCUGUUUGAGUGACAAUUUUUGGUAACACACUUCACCAAGCAAGCAGCCCUGUCCUCAUCACAUGCUCACUAGCUAGCCAGAAAGUAUUAAGACCCCUUAACUUUCGCCACAUUUUGUUACGUUACGUACCUUGAGCAAGGCACUUAACCCUAAUAGCUCCUGUAAGUCGCUCUGGAUAAGAGCGUCUGCUAAAUGACUAAAAUGUAAUUGUAAGGGUUUAUACAAUUUAUCUUCUUAAAAUGUGAACGCUACUGCUAACCUCAAAUUAAGACCAAAAAGCUAUGUUUUGUUUUAAUACAUUUUUACGAUAUCGGCCAAUUUUUACUUUGUGAUUGUGGUAACUAGUGGAAACCCUUUCAUUGCUAGGUUGCCAUAAAGUUUUUGUUUUAAAUGAACUUUGACUGUAGUAAAGCGCUGUAGUGAAUCUACUCAAUGCUGACACAUAGUGGUGACAUUACAAACUCGAUGUUAUUACAUUUCACUGAAUAGUUUGAACUUUCACUGCAUAGUUUGUGAACAGAUUUACUUUGAGACAAAGUUUUAUUAGUGUGUUUGUGGUGCUUCAGCAUAAACACUUCUGCAGUCUUAGCCACUGCCCUAGAUAGACAAAUCUUUACGUUGUACCUGAAGUAAACUGAACAAGUGUUUUGUAUUUAUAGAGGAUAUAGUUGCUUUUUGGUGGUUAUCAUGUAAACUAGUUAAAGCUGCAAUAUGAAACUUUUUGGGUGACCCACUCAGAUUCACAUAGAAAUAUGUGAUAGAUCAGUCACUCAUUGAAAACAAGUCGAAGCAGUAGAUAUGUUCUAUGUACGCUAUUUCUAUGCUUCCCGUUCUUAAAUUUAGUUUUUGCGUCUUACUUUCAGUUUUGUACACCAGCUGAAAAUACAAUUUUUUUGUUUAUAGAAAAUAUAUUUCACACUGUACAAUGAUUCUCUACACUAUACUUUCUUGUUUUGUCACAUAAACUGAAAUUAAGCGAACUAUGCGAACCAGCGCAGCGAUUUCUGCAUCAUGCAUCUUUAAGAGUCGUAAUUUAGAGUACAUGUUAAUCCUUUGGAGCACAAUUUGUGAAAAAAAGGUCUGUUUCAUUCCACCAAAAAAACACACAAAAAAACAUAUCGGCAGAUAUAUUGUAAUCGGUUACUUUUCCCUCCCUAAAAUCAGUAUCGGACCCAAAAAUCCCAUAUCGGUUGGUCUCUAAUCUUCAGCUGUUUGAAGGUGGUGUACAAAACCGAAAGUAAAAGACGCAAAAAAACAAAACUUAAGGGAAGCAUAGAAAUAGCACAUAUAGAACAUAUCUACCGCUUCUUAGAUUUGCUUUCAAUGAGAAUGACAGAUCUAUAACACAUUCUAUGUGAAUUUGGUCGGAUCACCCAAAAAGUUAUAUUGCAGCUUUAAAUGUUUUAACGUUUAAACGUUCACACCCCUAGAUUAAAUAAGAACAUUAGUUUGUUGUGACCAUUGCUAAUUUAAACGGUUGGUUGCAUCUCCUCCAUUUUUCGGCGUUGGGAGGUGGUAACAUUUAGAGGUGUUUCCAUGCUUUGGAACAAUCAAAAUCAACUUGAUACUCAUGUAAUUUUCAUCACCAGAUCCGUGGUAUUGUAUUCCUCUAACCCAGGUCAUUCAACCUUGAGGGGCUGUUUUCAAUGGCGUUUUAAAGGGAAAGACUCAUAAAUACACCAUGAACUGGAACAGAUUGUCUUUGGGAGGGUAGAUAUUUUAAACUCAGUCUGUUAGCUUUGUAAAUUAAUAUAUAGACCCAAUUUUUUGUUUUGUAGUCUGCAGAUUUAAUUUAGAAAAACCCUAUUAUCACACACUAACCUGCAGCCACUAGCUAGUUUGUCAGUUGACAUUUUGAAGUUGGUGCCGUUCUGCCCACGGAGCAGUGACACAUUUCUUUAGAGCAGCGACCACUUUUUGACUAUGGCCGUAAUGACAUUGUAUUAACUCUAAUCAUGCUAAAUUCUCGGAGUAAAUUGUCUGUAACUUGUUAACCAUAUAUGGUAGACAUAGGGUUUGGACUAUUUUAUUUCUGAUGCAAUUCUCUAUUGACUGAAUCUUUUUUUUAUAAACAUUGAAUGAAAUAAUAAUUUUAUGGGUUGGGUGAACACCCUACAUUAUGCUGUCUGUCCAAACUGUAAUCUUAGAGCUGGGCAGUUAAGGGAAGAACCCGGCUUGGUUCCAACACAGUGACGCAGAGGUUUAUCGGCACACUGAAAAGUGAGAGGCCGGCAGAAUAACGCAACUCAGAGUCACUGUCAGACAGCCUGCCAGGUUGCAGGCGCUCUCUCUUCUCGCUCCCCUCGCUCCCCUCUCUCUCUUGUCUCUCUCUCUCUCUCUCUCUGUGUGUGUGUGGAAGCUGAUGUCCUCUUCAGUUAACAGUGAAAAAGAAGAGAAGUCAUUCUGGUUCACAGCACUCCUGAAAAGAUUCCACUUGACUCCUCUCCUUUGUAACAUAACCACUACCAGUGUGAAACUGUCUCGCUUUGGCCCAGCUGUUAGUUUUGGAGUUCUCCACAUCAUUCCUUAUGACAGUGAUGAAAUGAUUUAGCUCCUAGCCUGUCUGCUGUUGUCCGGGUUUUCAGUCCAACUAAUGGUACCUCUGGGAGCUGCGAUGAGUGGGCUGUGUGAACAGUGGAGUCUCACUGGAAAAGGGCAGAAAACAGACUGUUGUGUGUCCAUUAAUAUUCUACAGCAAGAUUGUGACUUUUUUCUCCUCUCUCCUCCAGGCCAGACCACCUGAGCUGCCACGUGAAGCAUGUCCACUCCUCAGAAAGACCGUUCAAAUGCCAAGUAACGGUAAGCGAGAGAGAGAACUGUACUGUGUGGCCUUAUUAGGGCCACUUGUCAACAGCUCAUUAUUGACAACUUGAGCUGCAUGUCUGUCAGCUAGCAUGAAUUCUCCCACUUUGCACUUUCUUCUCUGCCAGCUCGGACAGUACUUGUUAGUUUCCAGCACUGAAAGGAAUAAAGAUAACUGUGCUCGACUAGUGUCUUUAAAAUGAGCCCAUUAGUCAUAGAUAGUGCCAUAAUGGCAGUCUGCUCAUGACAGCAUACUCCAGUAGGCUAUGCCCUGUGGCCCCAAUAGAGAUUUAUGAUGAUCCAUAAGCCUUUAAAGUUGGACAUGUUCCAUGCAGUCUGAAUGAUGAAAGCAGGCUGUGUUAGAUAAAUGAAUAAAGCUGCACUUGGCACCAAGCUGGAGCACGAAGCUGGGUGGCCCUAUGAAUAGUAGUGUGCCUCUGGCCUGACCUUCUGACCCCGUCCUGUUCUCCUGUCCUCCCCCAGGCCUGUACUUCUGCCUUCGCCACCAAAGACAGACUGCGCUCCCACAUGAUCCGGCAUGAAGGGAAGGUCACCUGCAACAUCUGCGGCAAGAUGCUGAGUGCAGCCUACAUCACCAGCCAUCUAAAGACACACGGCCAGACCAACUUUAAUUCCUCUAACAAAGGUACGUCACGUCAGCCCUAUCUCACCAGCCACUGCCCCCCUCCCAACUUAAAUGAACUGUCUUCAUGUUUUACAUUCCUAAUUUAAUUUAUUUGAUUGAUUUAAUACUUUAUUGUCCCUUUAGGUGAAAUUUGUCUGGCAACAUACAGCAUCUCAUGGCAUACACAUACACACAAAAUCAAAAACACAGCACAUAGCCUACACCACUUCACUUAUGGACAACACAUAUCACAAGAUAUACACUACAUGUUCAAAAGUAUGUGGACACCUGCUCGUUGGAACAUCUCAUUCCAAAAUCAGGGCUUUAAUAUGGAGUUGGUCCCCCCUGCAAUAACAGCCUCCGCUCUUCUGGGAAGGCUUUCCACUAGAUGUUGGAACAUUGCUGCGAGGGCUUGCCUCCAUUCAGCCACAAGCAUUAGUGAGGUCAGGCACUGAUGUUGCGUGAUUAGGCCUGGCUCGCAGUCGGCGUUCCAAUUCAUCCCAAAGGUGUUUGAUGGGGUUGAGGUCAGGGCUCUGUGCAGGCCAGUCAAGUUCUUCCACACCGAUCUCGACAAACCAUUUCUGUAUGGACCUCGCUUUGUGCACUGGGGCAUUGCCAUGCUGAAACAGGAAAGGGCCUUUGUCAAACUGUUGCCACAAAGUUGGAAGCACAGAAUUGUCUAGAAUGUCAGUGUAUUUGUGUAGCGUUAAGAUGUCCCUUCACUGGAACUGAAACAUGAAAAACAGCCCCAGACCAUUAUUCCUCCUCACCACACUUUACAGUUGGCACUAUGCAUUUGGGCAAGUAGCGUUCUCCUGGCAUCCGCAAAACCCAGAUUCGUCCGUCAGACUGCCAGAUGGUGAAGUGUGAUUCAUCACUCCAGAGAACGCGUUUCCACUGCUCCAGAGUCCAAUGGUGGCGAGCUUUACACCCCUCCAGCCGACGCUUGGCAUUGCACAUGGUGAUCUUAGGGUUGUGUGCGGCUGCUCGGCCAUGGAAGAUGGAAAACAAUUUCAUGAAGCUCUCGACUAACAGUUAUUGUGCUGACGUUGCUUCCAGAGGUAGUUUGGAACUCUGUAGUGAGUGUUGCAACUGAGGUCAGAUUAUUUUUACGCUCUUCAGUACUCGGCGGUCCCGUUCUGUGAGCUUGUGUGGCCUACCACUUCGUGGCUGAGCUGUUGUUGCUCCUAGACGUUUCCUCUUCACAAUAACAGCACUUACAGUUGACCGGGGCAGCUCUAGCAGGGUAGAACGAACUGCUGAGUUGUUGGAAAGGUGGCAUCCUAUGAUGGUGCCACUUGAAAGUCACUGAGCUCUUCAGUAAGGCCAUUAUACUGCCAAUGUUUGUCUAUGGAGAUUGCCUGGCUAUGUGCUCGAUUUGAUACACCUGUCAGCAACAGAUGUGGCUGAAAUAGCCAAGUCCACUAAUUUGUAGGUGUACCAGAGGCCAGGGAUAACCUCACUAGGUGACUUCACAUUACAGUGAAAAUCUCAUGUUUGAUUGGUGCUGACUUUAACCUUAGGCAGGUUUCAUUCUGUGUAGUAGAUCUACGGGACAUAGAAGGUCCCACCUGACAUUUACCAUGAUAGGCAUUACCAUGUCCUCCUUGCUAGUUACAUUUUCCCCAUUUUCUCUUGAGUUACAUUCUGUUUUCAAACAUGAAUUGGAUGUUACAAUCCGUUGAGUGGAGAGAUGUAUACGCUGUGCUAUACUUUAUGUUUUAAUAUUUAUUUUGUCUGCACGUGGUAUGUAAUUUGACAUAUUUUGCUUGACAGAAGUGAAUGGCCUGUGGCAAAAAUCUGUUCUAAAUUUAAAGCGCUUUCAGCAAUUGGCUUGUGUUUGAGCACAAAGGAGCAGAGGAAAGUGGAACACAGUGAUAUCUCAUCUCCACUCAAUUGAUUUGUGCAACUUGCACGAGAAUUAGAAGAGGGGGGCAGGGUUUUUGUCAGAGGAUUGCUCUUCCAUCAGUCUUUCUCGUUAGUGUUAUUGAUAUCUUUGGUGUUAUGGACUCAGGAUUACUUUGUAUUACUGCUUAGUAAGUAAUUCAGAAAAAUCCCUGGUACCGUAACCAUUUAAAUACACUGAGUGCACAGAACAUUAGGAACACCUGCUCUUUCCAUGAUAGACUGACCAGGUGAAUCCAGGUGAAUCUUAUUGAUGUCACUUGUUAAAUCCACUUAAAUCAGUGUAGGUCAGGGUUCUUCAAUUCCGGUCCUGGAGGGCCGAAACACUUCUGUUUUUUAUUUGUACCUGGUAGUUAAUUGCACUCACCUGGUGUCCCAGGUCUGAAUUGGCCCCUGAUUAGAAGGAGAGGGUGAAAAACAGAGGUGUUUCGGCCCUCCAGGACCGGAAUUGAAGAACCCUGGUGUAGAUGAAGGGGAGGAGACAUGUUAAAGAAGGAUUUUUAAGCCUUGAGACAAUUGAGACAUGGAUUGUGUUUGUGUGCCAUUCAGAGGGUGAAUGGCAAGACAAAAGAUUUAAGUGCCUUUGAACGGGGUAUGUUAGUAGGUGCCAGGUGCACCGGUUUGAGUGUGUCAAGGACUGCAACACUGCCGUGUUUUUCACGCUCAACAGUUUCCCAUGUGUAUCAAGAAUGGUCCACAACCCAAAGGACAUCCAGCCACCUUAACACAACUAUGGGAAGCAUUGGAGUCAACAUGGGCCAGCAUCCCUGUGGAACACUUUCGACAACUUGUAUAGUACAUGCCCCCACAAAUUGAGGCGGUUCUGAGGGCAAAAGGGGGUGCAACUCAAUAUUAGGAAGGUGUUCCUAAUGUUUUGUACACGCAGUGUAUACUGUAAGUGUAUAAUACAUAGCGUUGUCAAGUACAGCCCAAUAACUGGCUUCUUCCUCAGCCUUCACGCUAUAGCUGUGUGUGUAUUUCCUGUUUGUUUAGUCAUCUGUGAAUUUCCAUUUGUCAAAGUGCUGUUAGCCAACCUGUUGGUUUGAUUCUCCUGUGGCUGUGGAACAUGUAGGCCGACACCCUGUUAAUCUCUUCCCAUCUGGAGAACACUGCAUUACACAUGAAUCACUGCUCAAAAGGUGUAGUCAAUAACAAAGUAUAAUCAACAUUUCUCAGAUUCCUGUUUCCGUUACACAGACAGUAGAAGCAACAAGGCCUUUCCCUGGCCACUGAAGGGAAAGGCCUUCACUACUAUGUUGUUUAUUCACUCUGCAUUAGCUGCCAUCUGAACAAGCACUGCCACCCUUCUCCCAAGGGUCCACAUCACAAGGCAGACAUAUACAGCACAGAGAACUCUACAAAUAGGAUAGUGCUUCUCACCACAGUAAUCCUAUGGCCCGUUCCCUUCUUCCACCUAUGGACUAGCAGGCCAGGGUGUGUGCCCACCGUUCUGGUGUGUGUACCAACCUUGCCCACCUGAAGUGGGGCCUGCAGAGUGCACUGAGAGAGAGGCACCCUGGCCCUAGCGCAGCAGCCUUGGCUAGCCUGCAGACAGUCCUUUAUAACCGCUGUGUGUCUAUUUCUGAAUAGGGGACUGGCAGUGGAACUCCUCAGGGGGACGAAAAGGUAAUAAUAAUGUAGCAUUGUGUGAAAACCAAACCUUACCCCAACCCCCUGCCCGCAACCCAAGAAUACACACAGUCACAUCACACACACAAGUAUAAGGCAAAUAGAUGUUAGUAUGUGGGUAAACUCAGAAAUGCGCGGCUGCUAAAUUAAUAUAGGGGAAACGCUGCAUGACAGUGUGUCACAUCAUUUACAAACAUUGCAUCAACAUUGCAUUCAUAGAAAUGUUGUCUUGGAGAUUUCUGUGCCCUAAUUUAAAACUGUUUUACUAUACUAUGUACAGCAAGAAUGACCACUAGAGAUGUUUCAUUUUUUAAACAGUUUAACCUGUAAAUGAUUUACCUGCUUCAGUAUUUGUUUUUUAGAAGAGCAUGUAUUUGCCACAUUUUAAAGAAAAGUGGGAAAUGGUUAUUACUAUUAUGGUCAGUUUUAGUUCAAUCGGUGCUGCAGGUGAGUCAAGGCAGUAGCAGUAAAAGAGAAGAACGCUGAAGGCAUAUACUACAAAAAUAAUCUCUGUACACUGCAAAAAAUAAUCUGUGCGAAAUAGUCCAGAGUACAGACCGCAUUCCUCCCUCUGUUUUAAUGGUGGGGAAUAACCAGUAAAUCUGUGUAAAGGUAUUUGUUUGACUUGGUUUAGCAGUGGAACUUAAACACUAUAUCCUCUAUCCCAUUCUCUAGACAGUAAUGACAUCCACAACUCUGCGUCAGCCACACCUGUAACAGCCUCCACCCCCAUCACCACCACGAUGAACCGGGGAAACUCCAUCAACAACCCCGUCACCAUAGCGUCGCAAAUGAACAUUUCCACCAACACAGUGAACGUCAGCCUCCAGCACCCUGUCACCAUCACUGGGCCCGUCAACAUCGCCUCGAUCAACAUCCCUUCCACAGCACACAUGAAUAUCGCCCACCCUCUGGCCAUCAGCACCCCCAUGUCCAUGACAAUGUCCGGGCCCCUCAACAUCGCCAUGAGGUCCAUGGAGAGUAUGCCUUUUCUGUCCCAAGUCCUGCCUUCGUCCCCACCCUGGUAAAACAAGAAAUGAUGACGCCUCCCCCUUACCCCCAUCUUUCCCCUGCCCCCUGACCCCCGUGCCCACUCCUCAGACCUGGAAAUUAACAUUUAGCCUACUUGUGACACAUGGCUCCACCCCAACCAAUGCUACAUCACAGAAAAGAGAACCAGAACAGUUGUGUAGAAGUUAGGUAGGGUUUUAUCUAUUAUCUGAAUGACUUCAAACCUAGAUGUAGUGAGUCGAUGAAGUGUUAAACAGUGAUGUCAACAUUACAGUCGGGG